GUUAGUGUUGAAGAAAGUAUAAUAGAUCGAAGGUUAUUUUGGACAAGCAUUUAUUCUACAUUGGCACACCAUGCUACGAUCAUGGCGGAACUGAGUGGAAUAGGUUUGAUAGCUAUCAUCGGGGCUGCAGUUGUCAUUUUGGUUAUAUUGCCUCUUAUUUGCUGCUGCAUUUUUUGUGGGUGGUGUUGUAGCUGUUGUUGUGGACCCCGACGUCAGAAGCCUGGAGCUGUGCAUAUCCAUCAGCAACAGGUUCCUCCUACUGGACCCUUGAGCACAACGAUUGCUGUUCAAUCUACUAAUCAGCCACAACAAGGUUACAAUGGAUAUCCGCAAUCAGAUCAGAUUCGGGGACCAGAUUUUAGUCCUUGGAACGAUGCAAAUGCUUACCUAGGACGAGAGUCCAAUAAUGCAGGGUUUCAAUCCUCAUCAUACCAUCAGUAUAACAAUUACAAUGGAAAUCAUCAGCCAACUCGAAAUUAUUAUGCAGAACAAAGGUAUAAGCCUUUGACAGAAUUCGGACUGAAUCGAAGUGCGUACCCGGACGUUCAUCCCUAUGAAAGUAAUCAGCAUUCGCCCAGAAACUACUUGGGCCAAUCCCAUCAUGACAUUUAUCAGCCAGCACAUCAAUAUCAAAAUAGAUAUGGGAGAGGUGCACAACAAUACCGGAAGUAUUAGCAAUAGCAACCAUGAACUUUGUGCUACACUAAAACUGCAGUUAAAAUCUCUGUAUGAUAAUCACGGUCAUAUGACAGAAAUGGCUUAUUAAAUAUUACUACGCAUUAUUAUCCUUAUCGGUCGGCUGCAGUUUUUGCAUUUCCAGUCAACAGAAAUUUAUUACAUUUCACUUUGUCUUGAUUAUUUUAUAAUACAAAGAUUUACUA